AUGAACACAGCACAGGUCAAUGAAAAUGGAAUUUUGAAUGGUGUGAAUGGACACACUCGGGAACAUGGAUUGAAGAUAUUGAUCAUAGGUGCGGGAAUUGGGGGUUUGACCGUAGCCAUUGCACUCAGACAGCAAGGCCACGAAGUUCAUUCUCGGUUCGGAAGCGAGGUGGGUGCUGCGAUCCAUCUCGCUCCAAAUGCCAAUGGAAUCUUGAGGCGUUUGGGAAUUUAUGCUGAAGAAUUCGGUGCAAACCCUAUGCGGAUUAUCACUGAAUACACAGCAGAGAGUGUAGUGAAAAAAAGUCUCAAUCUUGUUGAGCCAAACAAGUUAUGGCAGCACCCGUGGCUGCUAGGCCACCGCGUUGCCCUCGGCACACAAUUGAAAGAUGCAGCGACAACUCCCAACGGCAAAGGAGUACCUGCUCAACUGCGUAAAGGUAGUAGAGUAGUCAAUGUAGAUGCCAUAACCUCCACUGUCAUUCUCGAGAAUGGCGAAGCCAUCAAGGGCGAUCUGGUUAUCGGGGCAGACGGAGUACACUCUAUUAGCCGGAAAGUAAUUUUUAAAGAUCGUUUCCAACCCUAUGGAUCGGGAAAGAGCGCUUUCCGUUUCCUGAUCACUAGAAAGUCCGUCCAAGACGACCCUAUGACAAGCAAGUUUGCUCAGGAAGAUGGCGAACUACUUAUUUGGUACGCUUCGGAUCGAAGAAUUGUCGUCUACCCCACCACAAACAACGAACUUCUCAAUUUUGUCUGCAUCCAUCCAGACAGCGAAAGUUCAGCCGGGUCUGAUACUUGGAACAAUCAAGGAAAUCACGAGAAGAUGCUCGAAGUAUACAAAGAGUUUGACCCAGCAGUCCUGGUCCUUCUCAAGAAAGCUGAUGCUGAGACUUUGAAAGUCUGGAAAUUGCUUGAUAUGGAUGUCCUCCCAACAUGGGUAGAUGGGCACUUAGCAUUACUCGGUGAUGCAGCCCAUCCCUUCUUACCACACCAGGGUCAGGGAGCUGGAUGUGCAAUCGAAGAUGCAGCAAGUCUGGCUGUUGUGUUGCCAAGGGAUACUCCGCGGGAAGAGAUCAAAGAGCGCCUGCAGCUGUACGAGAGGAUCAGGAUGAAGCGUGCUAACAGUAUCCAAGAAUUCUCACGAGUCGCAGGAAUGGAUCUGAAGAGCAAUAUAGAACUUGACAUGCAAGCUCACACCAAUUACAAUUUCGGCCAUGAUGAGUGGGAUAAUUCUACACAAGAUCUGCGUAAAUGGACGUGGGCAAGGAACCCCUCAAUUUACUGGAGAAUGCCAAUUGCUUUUGGACCCAUGCCUGGGCCCCGCCAGAAUUUCUCAGGAAAAGCACGAGAGUCGAGCGAAUCUACUUUCACAACCGCGUCCAUAAAAUUCAAGACCUCUCGAACCUUGCUUCAGAAUCUGUUUCCGCCAAACAGCACAUCUUACAGGUUCAAGUCCCCAGGGACAGUAGCCUACGCCUCCUUUUCUCAAACUACUCUCAAUAAAAUGGACUGGUUGGGAGGCUCGGGGUACAAGCACAUCGGUCUCUACAUCCAUGGCGUAGAGUACGUGAAGAAGAAUGGCGACAUCAUUAGUGGCACUUAUAUGCCACUCCUCUUUGAAAACUUGACCGAUCCCAUAGUGUCCGGUCGAGAGGAACUAGGAAUGCCUAAACUGUACACCUCCGUCGACAUACACCGCCGAGAAAAGUCCUACCGAAUCAACACUGGCUGGGAAGGCGCGGUAUGGGGCAAUUUCGUAUUGGAAGGGCUUGAGGACAGCGAUCCGGCUGCCGACAAAGGAAGUAUCAGUGGUGAAGACGAUGAUGGGAUCUUAGUCUAUCGAUACAUCCCCAAAGUCGGGUACGCCAAACGAGGUGAGACUGAAGCAGAGUAUCCUGUCUUCGUGCCGUACGCAGAAGAUUCAUUGCAGCCACAACCCAAGAGGAUAUGGAAGGCGGGCAAGGCGAGUUUUAAGCUUGAUCCGAUGGAUUGGGAGGCACUGCCCACGCUCCAUCAUAUCAUUUCUCGAUUGGCGGAGUUACCGGUGUACGAGGUGAUGGGCGGGAAGGUGGUAGAGGGACUUGGGGUGCCAGAUGUUAGGGCCGCUCAGAGGAUAGAGUAG